AAGAAGCAUUGCAUGAAGAGAUGGCGAGGACAAUUGAAGAGAGAGGUCACUGGAAAAGUAAAAGAGAGUUCCUGCUGGCUGUGGCUGGGAAUGUGGUGGGCAUGGGCAACGUGUGGAGGUUCCCCUACCUGUGCUACAGGAAUGGUGGAGGGGUGUUUCUGGUGCCCUACCUGGUGUUUGUGGUGACAUGUGGAAUACCCCUUUUCCUUCUGGAGACAGCUAUGGGACAGUACACACAGGAGGGGGGCAUCACAUCCUGGCGUCGCAUCUGCCCAUUAGCAGAAGGUAUUGGCUGUGCAGGCCAGUUGAUCCAACUUUACAGCAUGUGUUACAUGCUGAUCUUGGCCUGGGCACUGUUCUACCUGGUGUUCUCCUUCAGCACUCAGCUGCCCUGGGCAAGCUGUAACAACACUUGGAACACAGAUUACUGUGAUCUUGUUGGACGGAACCUGACACUUAACUGGACACAGCAAACCAACUCCACUUCAGCUGCUACGGAGUUCUGGGAGCGCAGAAUCCUUUCUAUCUCUAGGGGCAUUGAAGAGGUGGGAAAGGUGAACUGGGAGAUUCUUCUCUGUCUUGCUGCCGUCUGGAUCAUUUGCUAUUUUUGCAUAUGGAAAGGGGUGAAGUCCACUGGCAAGGUGGUGUACUUCACAGCCACGUUCCCCUACGUGAUGCUGGUGGUGUUGCUGAUUCGAGGGAUGACUCUACCUGGAGCUCUGCAGGGAGUAGUGUUCUACCUUUAUCCUGACCCUGAGCGACUGCUGGAUCCACAGGUGUGGAUGGAGGCAGCUGCUCAGGUCUUCUUCUCUUACAGUGUAUGUGUGGGCGUACUGAAUGUGUUGGGCAGCUACAACACAUACAACAACAACUGCUACAGGGACUGCUUCAUGCUGUGUCUGCUGAAUAGCUGUACCAGCCUGGUGGCCGGCUUUGCCGUGUUCUCAGUUUUAGGCUUCAUGUCUCAUGAACAUGGAAGACCUAUAGAGGAGGUGGCAGAAUCAGGACCUGGUCUAGCUUUCAUAGCUUAUCCACAGGCAGUGGCUAUGAUACCUCUGCCUCAGCUUUGGGCCGUAUGCUUCUUCUUUAUGGUCAUCCUCCUGUGCGUGGACACACAGUUUGUCGCAAUCGAAGGGAUCGUUACUUCAGUGACAGACGUGUUCCCUCGUGUGCUGCGUGGGGCUGGACGCAGAGAACGCUUCCUCCUUCUCUUCUGCCUCUUCUGCUUCUUCAGCCAACUCAUCUUAGCCACACAGGGAGGAAUGUACUGGUUUCAGCUGUUGGACUACUAUGCCUGUAAUGGAUCGUGUGUCCUGUUCCUGGCAAUGUUCGAGUCUCUGGCCAUUGGCUGGAUCUUCGGUGCUGACCGACUGUGUGAUGCCAUUGAAGAUAUGACAGGGUUUUACCCGAACUUCAUCUUUAGGCUCUGUUGGAAAUACCUCACACCUUCCAUAUCCCUGGUCAUGUUCAUUUAUUCAUUGGCGAAUUUCGAACUUCUGACGUUCAACCGUUGGUACGUGUAUCCAGACUGGGCGUAUGGGCUGGGCUGGCUGAUGGCUCUCUCUUCCAUCUUGAUAGUACCUGGCUUGGCAGUGGCCCGCCUGUGGACAGCAAAAGGGAACCUCAAAGAGCGCUGGCUUCACCUUUGCAGCCCUGACACGAACCUCCGUCAGACACGAAAACAGAGAGCCAAGACACAAGAAGUGACCUCAUCUGUGGAGAUGGAAAACUUGGUCAACACUGACACACAGAAAUCUAACGAAUUUCCCAUAACACACAAACAGCUGGAAUCCAAUAUGGGGGACCUCCUUGAAUGACAUUACCUCUGAUCUCUCAUCAAAAGGACGUAUACUCUUCAUCCUGACCUCUUUGUUUAUGACCAGUUGCUUGUAUGCUACAGUAUGCUGUGGAUUGUUAUACAGCAACAAAUUAAUUAACAACAAAUUAAUAAGAACUAAGCAGGGUGAUCUUUACUAACCGUCUUCCCUCAUAAAAAUAAAUUCCAGCAUAUUGUGUGUCGAACUUGGACAGUUUGGAAAUUUUUAAACAUGUGUAUGGAUUGUACCCAAUAACCUCCUCAUUACGAAUGUCCAGUGUACUGAAUAUUUUUCCCAAAUAUUGUAGCUCUAUAGAAGCAGGUAUGUUAUUACACUCAAUCUUAUGUGUUUACAGACCUCAGUCUUUGUAUUGGUGGAUUAUUUACUAGAAUGUUUACUUUUUUAUCUUAUCAUAAAC